UCCCUCCCUCCCUUUCUCGCUGUCUCUCUCUCUAUCUCUCGCUUUCUCUACGGUAGCUGUCGUGUAAUGUUAGUGAAAUAGUCAUCAUUGCUUGAAGCGCAUAGUAAGGAAAGAAUGGCUGCCAGUCGGGUACUCGUAUACGGAGGAAAAGGUGCACUGGGUAGCAAAAUUGUUCAGCACUUCAAAUCUAAAGGAUGGUGGGUAGCCAGCAUCGAUAUCGUUGCCAGUGAGGAGGCAAACGCGAACGUGCUGGUGAAGUUGUCCGAGUCAUUUACUGAGCAAGCAGGACAGGUGACAGCAGAUGUGGCCCAGUUGCUAGGGGACCAGAAAGUGGAUGCCAUCUUGUGUGUGGCAGGCGGAUGGGCUGGAGGAAAUUGCAGCUCCAAAGACCUGUACAAAAACACAGACAUGAUGUGGAAGCAGAGUGUGUGGACCUCUACCAUAUCUAGCCAUCUGGCUGCUGUGCACCUGAAGCAGGGUGGACUACUGACUCUGGCUGGGGCUAAAGCAUCACUGGGUGGCACUAGUGGCAUGGUGGGCUAUGGCAUGGCCAAGUCAGCAGUCCACCAGCUCUGUCAGAGUUUAGCAGGAGAAGACAGUGGGAUGCCCCCUGGAGCUGUGGCAGUUGCCAUACUACCGGUAACCUUGGAUACUCCAAUGAACAGGAAGUUCAUGCCUGAUGCAGACUUUGGUUCCUGGACACCACUGGAGUACAUUGCAGAAACUUUCUUCAGUUGGGCCACCGGUGCGGAUCGUCCAGCAUCGGGCAGUCUGAUGCAGCUCACCACCACCGGAGGCAAGACACAGGCCCUACCCACACAAUAACACACAUUUCCUACCCACAUAAUAAGACACAGGCCCAACCCACACAAUAAGACACAUUUCCUACC